AUGUCAUUGUGUAAAAAUUGUGGCACUGUACCAGAGGUGCCACACGGCACUUACACAGCCACCACAAACACAUUCCUCGGUGCACGAGUAACGUACUCGUGUAAUUCUGGAUAUACGUCGUCGAGUUCAGAGACCAUUGUAUGUUUGACAAGCGGUUGGGCCACUCGACCAGUCUGUGAUCCAAUAACCUGUUCUGUACCGGACGUAGAAGCCGCUUUCAAAAACUCGGGAGCAACGAUUGCUUACAACACGACCGUUACGUACACAUGUGUAGCAGGCCACAACCAUACUGACGGCAAUUUAGUCAGGACAUGUCAAACUAACGGCCAUUUGGACGGAAUUUCCCCAACUUGUACUCGAGAUUGUGGCACCGUACCAUCGGUGCCUUACAGCACUUUUACAACUCCCCAAAACACACUCAUCGGUGCACAUGUAACGUACUCGUGUAAUUCUGGAUAUUCGGCGAGGAAUGCAGAGACCAUUGUUUGUUUGACAAACGGUUGGACCACACGACCAGUUUGUCAUCUAGAUUGUGGCACUGUACCAGCAGUGCCUUACAGCACGUAUAAAGCUCCCACAGACACACUUCUCGGUGCACGUGUAACAUACUCGUGUAAUUCUGGAUAUACGGUGUUGGGUGCAGAUACCAUUGUAUGUUUGACAAGCGGUUGGGCCACACGACCAGUCUGUCAUCCAGUAAUCUGCUCUGUACCGGACGUAAUAGACGCUUCCAAAGAUUCUGGAGCAACAAUUGUUUACAACACGACCGUAACGUACAAAUGUGCCGGAGGCCACAUCCAUACUGAAGGCAAUUUAGUUAGGACAUGUCAAACUGAAAGCUUAUUGGACGGUAAUUCCCCAACUUGUACUCGAGAUUGUGGCACUGUACCAGCGGUGCCUUACAGCACGUAUACAAGCCCCACAAACACAUUCCUCGGUGCACGUAUAACGUACUCGUGUAAUUCUGGAUAUACGUCGUCGGGUGCAGAGACCAUUGGAUGCUUCACAAGUGGUUGAGCUACACGACCAGUCUGUCAUUCAGAUAUAGGCUACGACUGUACGGACACUACCUGCACUGACCCUAACGCUGUUUGCGAUGAUGCCACCCUACUGUGCUCCUGUCCUACUGGGUACUUUGAUGAUAACGGAGCCGCUCUUGGUGGGACGUGUGAAAUCAAAUCUACUGAGGUAUCUGCGGUGUUAAUAGCUGUUCCGAUUGCAAGUGUGGUGGUUGUGAUUCUGGCUGUGACCACCGCUUGCUUGAUCAAGCAACGAAGAAAUAGACUGGAAGCUAACCACGGAAAUAGUAACACCAGAAUCUCGGAAACAAAUGCCAUAUGUCUGCAAACGUUCGUAUCAGAACAAGAUUAUUAUAACAUCGGUGAAAUAAACAAACCUGAGGAUAAAUACAAAACAGAAACACACAAUUUGAUGAACAAUCCAGCUUAUGCUUACACUGAAGGUACGCCAGUUGCCCAUGUUCCACAAACCAACAUUGACGCGGCUAUCAUCGCUCAAAACUAUACCGAUGAACAUGACUACGAUACAUUUCAAGACCUAAUCUACGAGAACGCAGAAACCAAUGGUGAAGCAAUCUACGAGAACACAGAAACCAAUGGUGAAGCAAUCUACGAGAACACAGAAACCAAUGAUGAAGCAAUCUACAAGAACAUAGAAACUAACGUUGACGCAUCUAAUGUUUAUGACGAGAUUUAAUUUCGUUCUCAUUAAAUUUUAAAUCGAUUUUUAAUUGGGGUCAAUGUGUAAAUAUAUUUUGCAAUGAUUAUUUCAUUUGAUUUCCAUUAUUGUUCAUAAUCAUUAUAAUUUUCACAUUGAAUGGCCUUACAUAUUAUCUUACGGAGACUUUAAAAUAUGUUCAAAUAGUGUGUUCUUAUAUAAAACUGUUUAACCCAUCAAAGCUAGAACCAACAUUUUAUUUGCCGUUUUUAAAGUUCACUAUUCUGUGGUAUAUGUUCAGUUCGUGAGAUUAAGAGUAUCUGCACAUCGCUUAGAUGUAAAAUCCUCUAGACGGCACAAACCAGAAUCAACACCACAUUGUUAUAGAAAAUGAGUUUCAUUUAAUGAACUUGGUGAUGAUAUUUAUUUUGUAUUAUAAUGUGAGAUUUGAGGAAUAUAUGAAAAAAUAUUAUUAUACCUGUCCAAGUUUAUUUCAACUAAUUGAAAUACACUAAUUAGAAAAUGUCAGUUUUAAUAGAAAUCUAACUUGUUCUUUAUGUGCAUAAAGCAAUCAUAUGGAAGUAAUAGAAACAUUUAUCAUGUAUUACUAACCCUAUAAGAUUGGUGUGAUG